AUGGCUGUGCUGGGGGACAGGGAGGCGAAUGCCAAGAACAGCAGGACGCCCCUCGGACAGACCUCGCCCCCUCGGACCCCCACUCAGGACGCCCCCCCGGGGCCGCUCCCCCGCCCCCCGACUUCCACUCGGGACGCCCCCCGGGUCGAUACCCGCCCCCACCCCGGCUUCCACCCGAGACGCCCCUGGGCCGACCCCACCGCGACCCCUCCCCGGGCCUCCACGCGAGACCCUGUCCGGACCGCCCUUGGGCCUCCACGCUGCCGCCGGCGGCGGUCUCCGCACUCACGGGCCCCGCCAGCCAACUGGAAGGCCUCCGGAGCCCGGGCGCGGACUCCGCGGGUGGACCACUGUCCUGAGGCGCCCGGCCACCGCGGGCCUCAGUGCCAGUCCGGCCUCGGCCCGUCGCCCCCGCGCUCCCGCCCGCCCACCCACCCGCGGCCCAGCGUGCUCCCUGAGCCCUGCGUCCUCACCCGCCGACCCGGCCCGCGCCGUCGCCCGCAGCGGCCUUCGGGGUGCGCCAGCUCCUCCCGCUCACUACCGCCGCGCCCGACUGCCCGCGGGCCGCCUCCGCGCCGCAAGCCCCGCCCCGCGCCGCGUGCCCCGCCUGGGCCCGCCUCCACCCCCGCGGACGCGCUGCCGAUUGGCCUGCGAGCCUCUGGGGCGGGGCCUCUACGGCCCGCGGCCCUGCGGCGCGGCACAGAAUUAUGA